ACCCAAAGUCUAUAACGUUUUUUUUCUUCAUUUUCUAAUAUUCCUCUUCCCACCAUGUCUGGCCCAAAGAAAAGCCGUGGCCGCCAAAAGAUCGAGAUGAAGAAAAUGAGCAACGAGAGCAACCUUCAAGUCACCUUCUCCAAGCGCCGCAGCGGGCUUUUCAAGAAAGCCAGUGAGCUUUGCACUCUCUGUGGCGCUGACGUGGCUCUCGUUGUUUUCUCUCCCGGCGAGAAGGUUUUCUCCUUCGGCCACCCCAACGUGGACGCCGUCAUAGACCGCUAUCUCGAGCGGGCCCCACCCACGGAGUCUUUCAUGGAGGCUCACCGCAUGGCCCACGUGCGUGACCUCAACGCGCAGCUCACUCAGAUCAGCAACCACCUUGACGCCGGGAGGAAGCGCGCCGAGGAGCUGAAUCUCAUGAAGAAGGAAGCCCAGGCCCACCUAUGGUGGGCCCGGCCCGUGGAUGGGAUGAGCAUGGCCCAGAUGAAGCAGUUCAAGGCGGCGUUGGAGGAGCUGAAGAAGCAGGUGGCGCGGCUUGCUGAUAGGGCUAUGCUUCAGAGUGUUACAAACCCUACCCAUGAGUUUUUCCCUGCUGCUGGGGUUUCUUCCUCUUCCUCUUCCUCUUCCAAUUCCAAUUCCAACCCACUGUCACCUCAGGUGUUCUCCCCACACCUGAUUCAGCCACCAAUGCUUCAGAACUUUAUGAGCAUGAUGCCGCGCCACCAUGGGUUUAAUUACAUGGGAAUGGGAGGAUAUGGACCUGCUGCAGGUUUCUUUUGA